GGCUGAGCUCUGAGUCCCAGCUCCUCCAGCGGGGCCGUCCCCCAUCUCUGUCCAAGCCGCACCGCCCUCUGCAGGCCGGCGCCCUCCCGCUGCUCACCAAGGCGGGGUGCUGUUGUUCCCAGCCUAUGCAUGGCGUUCGCCCUCUGGAAAGCCUCUUCAGGACCCCGUGCAGGAGUCUCGGAGGCGGCCGUGUCCCCGCCUCGGCCAUUUCCUUACAGUCCCUGUUCCAAGGUUGUGGCUCACACCCUGCGCAGCCUCACGACUCGCCCUCCGCGGUUAAGGCCACCACUACAGGGCAAAGAGGGGUUCCAAGGGCAAGCACGCCCCCUCCCCAUUCUGAAAGUGCAACCGAACUACAGAACCAGCAGAUAGUAACAAAGAUCUAUAAAUCCGAAUUUGAAGACGCCGCGGAGGAGCCGGGGCAGCGGAAACAGAGACCUCGCUUUGCCGCCCAGCCAGCGCCAGCCCGAGUCUGUGUCCCCAGUCAGCACCUGGGUCGCUGCUAUCGCGGUACCAGAGGUGCCACGGGGCUGAUCGUGCACUGCCCAGCGUGCGACCUCCAAAAUCAGGGCUCAGCCCCUCCCCCGCCACGCCACACCACGCCCCGCCCCGCUCCCUCCGGCCCCAGGAAGUCCUCUCGGCCCCGCCCCUCCCGCCCCCGGAAGCACCUUCAGGCCCCGCCCUCAAGCGUCCGACUCCGAUCCGCCCCACCGUCUUCCGCCAGGGGGCGCAAGCGGGAGAGAACGCGCAGCGUAGAGGCUGUGCCAGGAAGAGGAGAGCAAGCCGGAAGACUGCAUCCCAGACGUGCCAUGCAACGAGCAUGCCUGCGAGUUCCUGGCCGACGUGCCCACGAAAGGACUCUGGAUGCAGAGGUCAAAGUGAUGCGGUGUGAGUGUGGCAGGGCUAGCGCUCCUGUCUCCUUGGUCUGUUUGUGUCGUGACAGCGAGACCCUGAGGGCACAUGAAGAUCCCAUGGACACCAUCAUUCGGGAAAAUAAAAGACAUGAGAAGGACAUGAGAUCAGUUGGAUGGAGAAGAAGAAGAAGGAGAAGCACAAGAAAAGAAAGAAGGAAAAGAAAAAGAAGAAGAAGCGGAAGCAGAAGUCGUCCAAGUCGAGUGAGAGUUCGGACUCAGAGUGAGGCGGACACCUUGCCGAGCCCCUCAGGAACCCAGCACUGUGGCCUGAAUGGAGGGGACACGCGCAGAGCGGCUGGGCCAGCAGCCGGGAGGGGACAUGGGGUCUGCGGGGAUGCUCACCGCUUCCCGAAGCACACUGCGCUGUUCCCCAGUGCCAGGCCUCCUGAUGUCACACGGGAGAGCUCUUGAGUGUCCAGGAGCCUGGGACCCCUUUGCAGCCUCCAUGGGCAGCAGGCCCCAGGACUCUGGGUGGCCAUGUGGGGCUGCCCUGGCCCGGAUGCGCUGUCCUAGUGUGGUAGCUCAGUCCCAUGAUUUCAAACCUGGCCAUCUGUUGUUGAGGAUAAUAAAAGCUUGUGAUUUACUUUUCA